AUGUCAACAGAGGAAGUAGACGAGCUGGUAGAUAUAGAUAAACUCCUAGUAUUAAUUGAGGCGAGGCCAGUGAUAUAUAAUAUCACUGGAAAGGACCACCACAAUCAAGAUGCCUUAGCCAAAGCCUGGCAGGAAAUAGGAAAAGAAUUGAAUGUCUCAAGUGCUGAGUGCAAACACAAGUGGCACAACGUAAGGUCUUCUUACGCUAGAUACCUGCGGAACAUCAAGAAAAUGCCGAGUGGCUCAGGAGGAAAGAAAAAGAAAUGGCAUUUAGCAGAAGCAAUGAGUUUUUUGCAGCCUUACAUGGGCCCAACAAACAAAAAUACAUGCAGCAACGGCAGCCGCAAACUUUUCGCCAACGACAAUUUCGAAAGCAAUGAGGAAAUAAAUCCUAGAAAGAAGAGAAGUAAGUCUGCCGCCGAAGUGGUUGGAGGACCCAUUUCCGCCUACUUUAAAUCUAUCACGAAUAAGAAGCCUGUUAAAGAUCACCCAGUUUUGCUGUUUUUCAAGGGUUUAAUGCCUGACAUAGAGAAACUGUCCCAAACUUCACAAAGAAAAUUUAAAACUGACAUUUUGCAGUGUUUAAAUCGUCUUUGUGAACAUGAGGAAAUGAACCAGUUUGCUGUAGGUCCUCAUCCAAGCCCACAAUUCAGUUCAAGUGCAUCAGUUAUAAAUGAUAAUCAACCAAGUACUGGUACUUAUUUAAGGCCAGAUUCAUGUUCAAGUGCUUCUUUGGGAUCAUUUUCAGGUGAUCAGUCAGGUUCAGAUACUCAUUUUCAACAAAACUCAAGUGUAAGUGGUUUUUUGAAGUCUGUACAAAAUCAUGGAUCUAAUCUGCAUUUAGCGCCUUUGCAGACGGCAAUGGACGUUGUUAAUUAUCAAACUCAGCAAUUCCAAUGA